GUUAAGCCUGCAAUUUCACCCGGAGAGCCAAAUAUCCUGAACUUUUGUAGGUCGACUCCAUGUUUGUCAUUGAACCUCAGUGGAAGACAAAAUUUGUUGCAGUGCUCGCGCGUACGCCGCAUGCGACUGAUUGGGAGAUGUUGUAGAGCAGCAUGGCGUGUCCGACGAUGACAUGGUGAGCACACACACACGCAUGCAUAUGCACACGCACGCGCACACACGGCUCAUUUCCAUUCACCGUGACUGUGCAGGAUGACCAUCACAGCCGGAUCAUCUGGGAGCAGAACAAGCUUGUAUGAUAGAGGAGAACAAUCUAGGAUUUUUCACAGGGAGGAGGUCGUUCGCCAUGGUCAUGAAUAAGUAUGGGGACCUGGUGAGUCGAGUAGGAACAGAAGUGGAUGUCAAGCAUUUUUUUUGUGUGUGUGUGUGAGUGUGGUGACUUUUCGCUGCUCUCUCUGAAGCUCAAUCGUAAAAAAAAAAAAAAAAAGUCAGGCCUCACAUACACCUUAAACAAGACUGAACAUUUCUUCUGACAAAAAUAUCAAGUGUUACAAAGGGUCACCAGUGACGUCCAGUCCACCAAGAGAUGGAAGACGGUGACGUCCCGGGGGGCUGCGGCAUUCUGUCAGGAAGUUUGGUACCUUGUCCGUUGAUGAACUCGGGUGAUCUCAGUGAGGUUAAAGAUCAGGUAAGAUGUUGGACAGGAACUCCACAUUAAAACCUGAGCCUUAAUCAGAAGAUCCAAAUUGAAUUUCUCACGACAUCAUCGUUCAAUCUUCAGAUCAAUAUGUCACUUGUGCACAUCAAAAGUUUCUCAUCCCUUUGAACAAGCUCCCGCCAUACAAAUGUUCGUUUGUGCAACCACACCUUCGCUGAACCUUGAACCCUAACGAACGCCCUUCUCACACUUUCUCUUUUCCUCUGCGUCUGUACACUAGUCUCAUACCAAAAAAAAAAAGCUCCAAAGUUCAUCUCGGUUCACCUGAACGGGAACAUUGCAUCCGUCAGUGAAUAAUGCCAAGGAAUAUUAUUUUCUGGCUUUGUUUUUGGGGCUGUUCAUUGGCACGUGUUUGUCUCUGUGUUGUGCAUCAGAGGCCACAAAGCGGCAAACGGUUCUGCGAACUAUCCCAGAGCGACCAGACGGGAGGCCUCAUUGCUCAGAAGUGCAGUUCAGGCUUCUACAGGGAGUGGAGCGGACCUGGCCAAGGUCAGUGUGUACCAUGUAGCUGCAACGGACUCUCCGACCAGUGUGACGAGCUCACGGGGAAAUGUGUGAACUGUCGCUUCCACUCAGCGGGCGACCAUUGUGAGCGAUGCCGGGAGGGUUACCAUGGCGAUGCUGCUCAAAAAACUUGCCGCCCUUGCCCAUGUCCCUUCACGUGGAACAAUCAGGCUUUGGCAUGCCUGCACGUCGGCUCCGGGGCGGUUGAAUGUUUGUGCAAACGUGGCUAUGCGGGAUCCAGAUGUGAGAGAUGUGCGUUUGGUUACUACGGCGACCCAUCGGUCCAUGGAGGCAGCUGCAAGCCAUGCGAGUGCGACAGAGGGGGCGAUGGGAACAUUUGUCAUUCCCCGACCGGAGAAUGCAUCUCACCUGGCAACAACAGCUGCGAGGAUCAUUUCCACACCUCGAAGUGCUGCACUGAAGCUUUACUCCUCCGCCUGAGGGCCAACGAGGGCGACCUGUGUGGGAUCACUCACAUCUCCCUUCCUGUUUCAACGCUGAUCCACCCUCAGGGGAUCGUCUCCGACGCAGAGAGAGUAAGGAAGACUUACAGCGACGCGAGGAGACAGUUGGAGCUCAAGGCUGAGCAGCUGGAGGAAGACGUCAACGCGAUCAGAGACGACCUGGACCAUCUUAUACACAAGGCCCAUCAAAUGUCUUCCCGUGUGAAUGAGGCACUUCAGAGUCGCAAAGGACCAAAGAUGAAGGCCAAGGUUUUUCUCGGUCACGCCGAGUCCGUCCUGGCAUCAUUACGAGAUUUAAUAAAGCGGCCAAGCCAGGCUGCAGAUGCCAUCAGGCUCGAGGGAGGAGAAAAGGCGAUCGUGAUGGAGGGGGUUCACCGGCUCGUGGAGGAAAUGAGCCGCAGGGUCUGCGUAGAGGCGAUGACCAGGGGCCAAAGCCGGGGCCGGAUGAUGAAAAUGGCGAAAAAAUUGCUGGUCGCCAUAACCAAGAUGGCAGCUGCGAGACCAAAUCAGCAGACUCUGAAUCAGACUGCAGACUCUCUGAGGGCGUCACAGGAUCUUCUCGGACACACGUCUGACCUCCUGUCAGGUGCGAAGGUUGCAGUUAGAAGAGCAAGACGUUUUCAUUUGAGCAGUGCUUCCACCAUGCGACAUCUGCAGCUUGGUCACGAUCAAACCACGACAAAGGCGCGUUCCCUCCGUGCAGUGACUGAAAGCACAAGAACACAUUACUUCAAGAACAUCUCCGCCAUCUUCUUCCAGCUGCAGGACGGCAAAAAGGGCUUCGAGAAGGAUGCGGCUCGGUUGGACGGCGCCAAGCAACAGCUGCGCAAGAGGAUCGAUACCGUCUACCGUCUUCUGGCCAAGAUCAAGAUCAUCGCCGAGGCCGAGGAGCGCGCACGGGAGCUCAGCCGAUCGGCCGCGCACAUGCAAAUAACGCUUCCCACGGCCAACGGCACAAAGCAGCCGAGCGAGCCCGGCGCGUUGGGCGACAUCGCGACCGACAUCGAGGAGGCGGCAAUGGCCGCGCAUCGAUCCCGCGCGGCCGCCGACAAAGCCUUCAAGGAUGUGAUGCGGAGCGGUCUGCGAUUGACGACGGAGGCUCUGAGAGAUAAUUCCACCCGCUUGUGGACUGCGGCCAAUCAUACUCAGAAUGACUUCAGAAAGCUCUCACGUUCACUGAACACGCACAAAGAUAGAAUGAAAAGGCGCAGAGACAAAGGAGAAGCGCUACGAUUUGACAUCUCCAGUGUGAGUGAUGAAAUCAAAAGCCUCCAAAAAGAUGACGUGGACGUCCUCAUCGAAUCUGCCAAAAGAGAAGCUUCUGCUACAAAUGACACAGUCACCCAAGUCACUUACAGACUGAUGAAUAUGAAACAGGAAAUGGACAGACUGACUUUGAACAACAGCGCUCUGGCUUUCAAUAACGUUUUAAAUGACAUACAACAUGCUGUGACGACUUUGGACUGGGAGUUCCCGGUGGUGAGAGACAAGCUCGCCCAAGUGGAGGCCCUGGGAAGAAGGCUCCUGACGAGAGGCAACAUGACAGAAAACAUCAGCAGGAUCAAGGACCUGGUCCAGGAGACGAGGAGCUAUCUUAACAGGCUCUCGCUCGCCACUCGUUUCACCGGAAAGAGUCACAUUGAGCUUCAUCCGCCGAGCGAUGCCGAAGACGCGAAAGCCUUCACGGCCGUCGACAUUCUUCUCAGUGUGGAAAAAAAGCCGGCGGAGCACCGAAGAAAGCGUCAGGACAAAUGGCCAGAUGACAACAUGUUUGUUUUGUAUCUCGGGGCCGACGAUGCAUCCGGCGACUACAUCGGGAUGGCCAUCAGGCGCGGCGUCUUGAUUUGUGUCUACAAGCUACACGGUCACGUCCACGAGGUGGCGGCUGGUCCCAUAACGACGUUCACCGGCGUGCACGCCUCCGCUUUGGACCGCAUUGUUUUCCACAGAGUUUACCACGACGGCGAAGUAAACAUUACGACAAACUUCACAUCAGAGCAGCCUAUCCCGCAUGCCCCCAAACGUCACCUUCCGAACACCAUGAUCGGCAUCCUUGAUCUGAAUCCACAACGCACGGUUUUCUACGUGGGCGGCUACCCUCAACAUUUCACCCCUCCCGAGGAACUGCGCUACCCCGGGUACCGAGGCUACGUGAAACUACUCUACUUCAACGACCAGCCACUUUGCCUUUACAACAACAAGCGCGCUGUCAACAUGGCGGCCGGUGUGCACGCUCUAAUGUUACCCAGAGCCGAGGCGUCCCACUUCUACCAGGGAAGCGGCUACCGCCAGGCCUUGGUGAAGGAACCGCACGACAGGAGGAGACGCAUCUUUAAAUUGCACACAAACAGCCGGGACACCGAUGCCUUAUUGUUCUACAUGGGCACAGAAGAGGCGUUUUGGUGCUUGUUGGUGGAACAAGGCCACCUGGUGCUUCAAGGUCAAAACGUGGCGAUCAAGGAGAGAGCUCGCAGGAAUGACAAAGUGUCUCUUUUUGACAAACACUUCGUCAUCACCAUUGAUGACAUGAUCACGGUUCACUAUGAGGACAAGCACAUCUCCAUCAAGCAUGUUCACACUCCUUUUGAAAGCUUUUACAUCGGGGGGGUGCCGAUGCACAUUAGAACCAGACACGACAUCAGCGCUCCGCCACUGAGAGGCUGCGUGGCUCACGUGAGCGCCGAUGGCCAAACGGCGGAGUACAACGCGACAGUUGGCGUCAGUGAUGCUUGUCCCUUUGGACUACUGGGAGUUCGCACAGCCACUUUGCAUUCACCUCUUUCGGCUGACUGGCUAUUCGCACCGGAACAACAACGCUUGGCUUUAGGAUUCAGGAGCAAGCACAAACACGGCGUUAUCCUCAGGAGCGGCUCUCAGAGCCCCUCCCUAGGUCACAUUUCUCUGGCCGACGGUUUCCUGCAACUUAGCCUGGGGCAUCACAACGUAAUUUCAGCAGAAAGAUACGACGACGGGAGAUGGCACUACAUGUGUGUGGCGCAGACGCCGAGGCUGGAGGUCCAAGUUGACAACAUAGACAUCGCCCUCCACACGUUAAAACGGGAGCCAGAGGUGAACCAGGGAGAAGAAUUCAAAGGUUGCAUCGCCAACCUUUACUCCAGAACGGCGCGGAGCUUUACACCCAUGGAUUUGAGUUCUCUGCCGCCUACGGGAGGUGUCGGCCUGGGUAAUUGCCGUCUCAGCUCACCCACGCAAACUGAACAUUCUCCCACAGAUGUGAGCAGGCUCCAGAUGCUCAGACAAACCGCGGAACAAACAGACGACGAGUGCGCACGUCAGCGAGUGCCCCGCCGCGGCUACGAGUUCUCGCAGAGAGACAGCUGGCUGGUGUACAAGCUACCCCAGCAGGACCUUAAUUACAGGCCUCACUUUUCUCUGGAUGUCAAGACCAAGUCCUCCAAGGGUCUCAUCCUCUUUGUUGAGGGCACAGGGCCGGUGCCCUUGCUAGCUCUGUACGUGACAAACGGCAAGAUUAAGAUGUCACUUGGGCCGAGCAGAGUCAUCCACCACAAGCUGAAGACAAACGAUGGACACUGGCACAGAGUGGAGUGCAGUGUCGAGAAGAACACGUUCCAUCUUCUGGUAGAUGGCAUCCGCGUGACUGACGGCCAUUUGCCCAAUGAAGAGGGCUCAUCCUUAAACUUCCAUGAUCGUGUCUACCUCGGGGGUCAUCCAGGGGCUACUGAAGGGCCAACAAUUCUCUUGAAGAGCAUCUCUGGCUGUGUGCGGGACUUCAGAAUGAACAAUCAGCCGGUGGGCAAACCUGAGGGGGCCCGCGGGGUGUCGCCCUGCUCGGAUGGUCUAACGGAGAGGGGGGCGUACUUUGGCGGCGGUCAUGUCGUCUUAUUAGAUGAUUCGUUUGCAGCGGACGAUCACUUUGCGUUGACCUUCGAGCUGCGACCCCGUCGCCUGACCGGCCUUCUCUUCCACGCGCGAGGCCACAAAUUCAGCUUCGACGUGUUCUUAAUUAACAACACGGUGGGCGUCACUGUGAACGAUGGUGGCGGCAGUGUCAGCGUUGCACUGACUCCCCAGAACCUCUGCGAUGGGGAAUUUCAUGUGAUUACGGUAUCCACAGGACAAAAAGACCUUACGCUCAUGGUGGACGCCGCAUCUGAAAGGAAGGCAGGAUCCUUUGCAUCAUUUCCCUCCUCUAUGACGCAAGCAUUACUUCACAUCGGAGGGGCCACAGAUUCUCGCGGUGCCCCGCCGACUCCGCCGUACAUCGGCUGCCUGAGAAACGUGAUCAUAAACGGCAGGCACGUUGCAUUUGAGACGAGAGUUGUCAGGUUGCUCGGCCUGGUGGACGUCAAAGAAUGUCCCGCCCACUGAGUGGAAGCCGUGGCAGCAAGUGUCUGUCGUUGGCUCUCUCGUUUGAUGUUUCCCAAGCUUUUAUUGAGCCACGGCAUGUAUUGUCCAUUAGAAAAAUAUCAGUACACAAAAGUAUAGAGAAUAUACUGAAAUAAUGAUUGGUAUAUAGUAGUUAAUUAAAAUGUGUCCCGACUUUCAUCUCGUGCAAGAUUUGUUUUGUCGAUGACUAUA